GGAGCACAUUUAGAAUGGCAUUGAGGGAUAUUCGUUGCUUGGUUUGAACCCCUCUUUCGCUCAGAAUCAGCUCGUGUUUUGCUCCCCGCACAUCCCCCUUGUUCGACAACAAUCCGUCUUAUUUCUUCCCCUCCCCUUUCAGCUGAGCGUAUCGUUGACCUGAUCGAUUGAACAUCCAUAUCAUAUUUUCCUUUUCUUUUGAAGCAAUAAUCAUGGCGGGCAACGAAGAUCAUAUGGCCUAUGGAGACUAUCCGGGCCAGAAAUCAAGCAGUACUCGAGGUCUGCUCGGGGAUACAUUCAACAAGUUUCGCGAUAAGUACAAUGCUCACACGCAAGGACAACAGCAGCAGCAUCAGCAGCAGCAGCAGUCUCAUUACAACACCCAGGGAGGAUAUCCUAGCCAUCCUCCUCCCCAGGGUUACGGCCAACCUUCUUCCCAAGGGCCACCACCACCACACCAGCAGCCAGGGGGGUAUGCCCCGACCCAAUCUCCGAAUCCUCAAUCCUCUCAAGGCGCGAAGCCGCCGAAAUCCGAUCUCGUCUCCGGGCUCCUCGGCAAGGUUCAAGGUAUCGGGUCCGAUCUGGCACAGAAGCUCGGCUCGAGUAUUGACCCCCAGGCGUACGCUACAUACGGGACGGGUACACAGGCCGGUGAAAAGGCCCGAUAUGGCAGCUUUGCACCGGAGCGGGACCACAAUGACGCAAAGUGGUACGUUGACGGGUGCACGUACAUGUGGGCAGUUUCGAGGGCUUUGGAGACGGCCAAAGAGUCGAUCUGGAUUUUGGACUGGUGGCUGUCUCCUGAGCUGUACCUAAGACGCCCACCUUCAAAGAACGAGCAGUAUCGUGUGGACCGCAUGCUUCAGGCUGCUGCUCAGAGGGGUGUAAAAGUCAACGUUAUUGUGUAUAAGGAGGUGACGCAGGCUCUUUCGUUGUCAUCAUCCCACACAAAACACCAUCUAGAGGACUUGCAUCCCAACAUCGCGGUGUUCCGGCACCCAGACCACCUCCCCGAUAGGCAGACUCUUCACAGCGGAGUGAUAUCUUCUCUCCAGAAUUUAACCCUUAACCCAGCCGGAAUCGCAAAGCUCUCCGGCGACGCCUUGAAAGGAAUCUAUGGAAUGAGCGAUAACGUCAUUCUUUACUGGGCCCACCACGAGAAGCUUUGCAUUGUCGAUGGCAAAGUGGCAUUUAUGGGAGGCUUGGAUCUCUGCUUCGGUCGCUGGGACACAUAUCAUCAUUCAAUCUCCGACGUCCACCCCAACGACAUCAAAGAGACCGUGUUCUCCGGCCAAGAUUAUAACAACGCUCGUAUUCUAGACUUUCAGGAUGUUGUUCAUUGGGAGAAGAACGAGCUAGACAGAAAGACGAGCCCGCGGAUGGGCUGGUCUGACGUUGCUGUCAGCUUGCACGGGCCGGUCGUCGAAGACUUGCGAAAGCAUUUCGUGGACCGCUGGAAUUUUAUUUAUGAUGAAAAGUAUGCUGUCCGAAAGGAUACCAGAUACUCGAAACUGGUACUUUACAAGCGUCCUCUGUCCUCGACCGGUCCCCAGCAGCAUCAGGGUCAUCAUCAAGGGGGCCAGCAGCAGCAGCAGCAACAACAAUUUCAGAGUCAGCCUAUUCCUCCAAGCUAUGGUCAAGGACAAAGCCAGCCUCAUACUGGCACUGGCGCCCAGCCCUACCAACAGCCGGGACAACAGUACCCGCCUCCACCACCUGGUGGUUCACCCCCGCAGCAAACGCAAUCCAGCGGCGGCUACCAGCCGCAGUGGAGCGCGUCGCAGACUCCCUCACACUCUGGUCCAACCCAGACUUCAGGUGCGACCCAGGCCCCUUACUUCCCCCCUCCACCGGGCCAAGGGCCAUCGCACUCCCAGACUCGGGGCAUUUUCGACGGCUCAAGCUCCCAAGAGGAAGGUAGCCGUGGUUUCAGCAGCUUGCGGACCGAUGUUACAAACUUUGGAAACGUCCUCCGCACCCAGUUGGCGGGCCAAGUUCAUCGUUACCAGGAUCGUUAUUUCAGCGGACAGCCAGGCCAAGGCCAGUCCGGAGUGCGUAUGGGAUGCCAGAUCGUCCGCAGCUGCUCCAAGUGGAGCCAUGGCACCCAACAAACCGAGACCUCGAUCGCAGAGGCCUAUUGUACCAUCAUCCGAGAGAGUGAGCACUUUGUCUACAUCGAGAAUCAGUUCUUCAUCACGGCGACCGGUGACUCGCAGGCCCCGGUCAAGAACAAGAUCGGCGCAGCCAUUGUCGAACGUAUCCUGCGUGCAGCAAGGGCGAAGCAGAAGUAUCAUAUCGUUGUCGUGAUCCCCGCCGUCCCCGGCUUCCCUGGUGAUCUUCGUGACGAGGGCAGCUUGGGCACUCGGGCAAUUAUGGAGUUCCAGUACGACUCGAUCAACCGCGGCGGCAACAGCAUCAUGGAGAUGAUCGCCAAAGAGGGCGUCAACCCCAUGGAGUACAUCCGCUUCUACAACUUGAGGAAUUACGAUCGCAUCAACGCUAGUGGCGUGAUGCAGACUGCUGAGAAACAGAGCGGGGUUAGCUACGAAACUGCUCGACACCAGUAUGACGCUGGCGUGACUGGGUCGAAGCCGGCAUUUGACACCACAUCAGCGUAUGGCCAGUACCAGCAAGCCGCUCAGCAGGUGACGCAUGGCAGCUCCGCGUCUGGGCGAUGGAACAGUGUUGCUUCGUGUUAUAUGUUAGGAGGAGAGGAUAUCCGGAACGUGCCUUGGGAACAUAACGAUGCCUUGGCAGAGAUUGAUGCAUUUGUUUCGGAGGAGCUCUACGUCCACUCCAAGGUGUUGAUUGCGGAUGACCGAACGGUGAUCUGUGGAAGUGCAAACAUCAACGAUCGUUCCCAGCUGGGCUCGCACGACUCUGAGAUUGCUGUGAUCAUUCAGGACCCAUCCCCGAUAGAGUCGUCGAUGAACGGCCAGCCGUACCUGGUGAGCCGAUUUGCCUCAACACUUCGACGACAGCUGUGCCGGAAGCACCUCGGCCUCAUUCCUGCACAAGAUUAUCAGCGUCCUGAUGCCAACUUCGAGCCGGUGGGAGUUCCAAACCAGUAUGACCUCGGUUCUCCCGAAGACCGCGUGGUCGCGGACCCCCUAUCGGACACGUUCCAGAGCCUGUGGAACUCUCGGGCCAGACAGAACACGGAGGUGUACCGAAAAGUGUUCCACGCGGUGCCCGACGACACCGUGCGCAACUGGAACGACUAUAAGGAGUUCUACGAGUACUACUUCCGCAAGGAAGAGGUCAAGAAGCAGAAGGAAGGGCAGCCAGAAUGUCAGGGAGGGCCCCCUGCUCCAGGAGAGGGGCUCACCCCUGCACCUCCCGUCAAAUACGAGUGUGGCCACGUUAUCAGGGAUGAAUUCCCCGAGGGGGUGCGGGCGGUUAAGGAGGAGCUGAGCAAGGUGAAGGGGACGUUGGUGGAGAUGCCGCUGAUGUUUUUGAUUGAAGAGGACAUUGCGAAGGAGGGGAUUGGGCUCAACAAGCUCACGGAGGAGAUCUACACAUGAGUAGUUUGCAGCUCAUGAGUGGCUGUCUCCAUCUCUCGGUUAGAAGUUUUGAGUUUCCUUUUUUGGUGCCAAUGCCCACCGUUGAUGCUUUGGGAUGCUGCUGAGACUUCUUUGGCCGACACUAGCUAUACAACCGGGUCUGCGUGGCUGUGGGACGCUGAUUGUGUGUUACAGAGCUGCUUUGACCUUGGAUGUGCAUGGCCUUGUUAUUUGAUGUCAUAUACUUUUUUCCUUUUUC